GGGGGUAGGCAGGUAUAUAGUCAGAAGAGCUGGAGGGUUCAUUCUAAGAAUGUGGGGGUCAUGUUGCUGUUUGGGAUGUUGGCAAAUGAAGUAAAAUCAGGCUUAAAGGUGACAUAUUUUCCUAUUAGAAGCCAGGUAUUCUUGAGUCUGAUGGGACUUCUGGAAAAAGUGAAAGGCACUUGGAGAGACUACAAGGAAGUUGCUAAGGUAUGCAGGGAGGAAGUUAGAAAAGCAAAAGCCCAACUUGAACUCAGAUUGGCCACUGCAGUAAAAGAGAAUGAGGAAUCCUUUUAUGAAUAUAUCAAUGGUAAGAGAAGAACCAAGGAGAAUUUCCAUCCUUUACUUGACGCAGUGGGGAAUGUGGCCACUGAGGAUAAGGAGAAGGCUGAGGUCCUCAGUGCCCUCUUUACGUUUGUCUUUAAUGGUCAGAUCAGUUAUCCUCAGGGUGCUUUGUGCCCUGAUCUGGAAGUCUGGGAUGGUAUGCAAAAUACACCCCCGGUGAUUCAGGUGGAGAUGGUUAGAGAGCUCCUCCAUCUGGGCUGUCACAAGUCCAUGAAACCAGAUGGGCUCCACCCUAGGAUGUUGAGGGAGCUGGUGGAGGUGAUUGCUGAGCCACUUUCUGCCACUUAUCAGCACUCCUGGUUAUCUGGAGAGGUCCCAGAGGAUUGGAGGCUUGCUGAUGUGACUCCCAUCUACAAGAAGGGCAGUAAGGAGGAUCCAGGGAACUACAGGCCUGUCAGUGUGAUCUUGGUACCAGAAAAAGUUAUGGAGCAAAUCAUCUUGGGUGAGAUCACACAGCAUGUUUAUGGCAUCCAGGGGAUCAGGCCCAGCCAGCACGGGUUCAUGCUUGACCAAUCUUAUCUUCUACAACUGGGUGACCAGACUGGUAGAUGAGGGAAAGGCUGUUAUGUAGUCUACCUAGACUUCAGUAAGGCCUCAGACAUGGUCUCUCACAGCAUUCUCCUGGGGAGACUGGCUGCCCCUGGCCUGGACAGGUAUACUCUUAUUUGGCUAAGGAAUCUGGCUAGAGGGCCAUGCCCAAUGGGUUGUUGAGUAGGUAAGGGUGUUAAGUCCAGCUGGUGACCCAUUACAAGUGGUGUCCCCCAGAGGUUGGUACUGGGGCCCAUCUUGUUUAAUAUUUUUAUUGAUGACCUAGAUGAGGGGAUUGAGAGUACCCUCAGUAAGUUUGCAGAUGACACCAAGCUAGGAGGUAGUGUUGAUCUGCCUGAGGGUAGGGAGGCCCUUCAGGGGGAUCUAGAUGAUCUGGGUUGCUGGGUUGAGGUGAAUGGGGUGAGGUUUAACAAGGCCAAGUGCCAAGUCCUGCACUUCUGCCACAGUAACUCCAUGCAGUGCUAUAGGCUUGGGGCUAGAUGACUGUGAAGAGGUAAGGGACCUGGGGGUGUUGGUAGAUGCUCAGCUGAACAUGAGCUGACAGUGUGGCCAGGAGGGCCAGUGCCAUCCUGGUCUGCAUUAGAAAUGGUGUGGCCAGCAGGCGCAGGAAGGUAAUCAUCCUCCUGUACUCAGCACUGGUGAGGCUGCACCUCAAGUAUUGUGUUCAGUUUUGGGCCCCUCACUACAGGAAAGACAUUGAGGCCCUGGAAUGUGUUCAGAGAAGGGCAACAAAAUUGGUGAGGGGUCUGGAGCACAAGUCUUAUGAGGAGCAGCUGAGGGAGUUGGGAUUGUUUGGUCUGGAGAAGAGGAGGCUCAGGGGAGACCUCAUUGCACUCUACAACUUCCUGAAGGGAGGUGGUGAUGAGGAGGGGUUUGGCCUCUUCUCCCAGGCACCAAAUAGGACCAGUGGAAAUGGCCACAGGUUGUGCAAGUGGAUUUAGAUUGGACAUAAGGAAAAACUUUUUAUCUCAGAGAGUGGUCAGGUGCUGGAAUGGCCUGCCUAGGGAGGUGGUGGAGUCAGCUGUCCCUGGCAGUGUUCAAGAGGCAUCUGGAUGCAGUACUAUGAGAUACAGUUUAGUAGUUUGUGGUAGUUAUGGUGAUGGGAGGACAACUGCACUAGAUGAUCUUGUAGGUCCUUUCCAACCUUGUGAUUGUAUGAUUCUUUUGUCUCUUCACAACACUUUUUUCUUGAAGAAAUUUCCUCAAAAAUGAUAUAUGCUUUAAUUUUGUUGCCCUCCUUUAUUGGUAGGAAUAUGGGAGAAAUGGGAAAGAAAAAAUAAUAAAAGAAACCAAGGGAAACAUAAGAUUAUAAAACUUGCAAGCUGAUGUUUAUGCAAGAAUCCUCUGUUCUAUACCUCUCUGAAAUAUAUCAUUUGAAUUCUUAGUAUUAUGACCUUUAAAUGUGUGUGAUAGUUUUACAUAAUGGGAAAUACAGUUUCACAGAGGAACGCUAGGGAUGUGAGGCUGGGAUAGGUCAUUUUGAAAGUGCUUCCAACACAUUUGAUUUUAAGCUACAAGUGAAUAAAGAGCACAGCAGUAUUUGAUAUUGUAAUAGGCUGCUACUGCUUCUGAAGAAGCUCUUCAUGAGUUUAUUCAGACUUAACUACCUCAACCUUAACUACCACGUGCAAAAGUUGCCAUAAUGUAUUUGUUGAAAAGACUCAUUAGGAAAGCACUGUUGAUAACAUCCUUUAUUAUACAAAUAAUUCAUGUGUUCCUUAUUCAGAAUCAUACGUGGUGGUGUUGUGAUGUGACCUUACUUAAUUUGUUAUUACUUUAAUGCAUUUUGAUAUGAUUUUUUUUUUUGCAUGACUCAGUAGGUAUCUGUAUUUUAUUUUAUUCAAGUAUUUCUUUGAGCUCUUUAACUGCAGUACCAGGAAGGAGUAGACAAUGGACCAGAUCUGGUAGGUCCAAACCACCAAACUCCAGUAGUACUGGAGGGCUUGUACUGGCAGAGCUCAUACUGCAGGCUGCUCACUGUCCCAAGCAAUCAUGGCAGCAGUACUUCCUUGCUGAGUGGCCCAGCUUGGCCACACUGCUCAGUGUGACAGGACAAAGUGUAGUGCUAAUUCAAGUUAGAGCAAAUAAUUUUGUGUGUUUUGGUACACUAGAUAAGCACAGUCCUGUAAAGAGUGGAAAACAGGCAGUCUUGCUUUCUACUUUGAUAUAGAAAAUUGAGAAUCAUUUUCAAGAUUAAUUAAAAAUUGUUUUUUCAGCAUAUUUGCAACUCAAUUUUCAGUCAACAUGAAUACAUUACCUAUGAAUUUUCAAAUGGACUGUAGAGCUGCAAUCAGGUAUUCAACUCAAUUCUGAUAAUGGUUCUUUACUUCUAUAAGAAUUACCUUAUCAGAUGAAAGUAUCCCUUGCUUCAUAAUCAUGCCUUAUUCAUGAUGUUGUUUUUCACAGUAUGUAUAUCUAUGAACAAAUGUUUCCAAGGAUGAGGCAGAGGAAAAGUAGUACUUCAUCAAGAAUCUCCAACACAUUGAGAACUCACAAAGAACUGCAACCCCUUCCACUGAAUACUGAUGCAUUAGUUUUACAAAAGUGAAGUCAAAUAUCCCACUAGUUUUGUUUUUUUUGUUGCUUUUUUUUAUAUUUUAGUAAAAUGUAUGUGUAUAAAAGUUUCAUUCCUUAUAUACAUUAACUGUAUUGUACUUUUUAUAUGUGGUUCAAGAUGAUUCCUUUCACUUGUUGCAGCCUAUGCAAGCCAAAAGAUUGCAGCCAUGGACUAGAUGCAUCAUCUGAAAGUGUAUCAAGAAAAUACCAAAAGAUCCUGCUAAAGAGAAGUUGAUACAGAUACUCAUUUUUUUUCAGUAACACCAUGUAAGAAUGGUUACCUUCCUUUCCUAUAAGUUUCUUCAGUCUUUUUCCUUGUUUUUGUUUGUGGUCCUUCCUUUAGGGCAAAUAGGAUGUGAAAGUUAAGCCAUAUGAAAUAUUUUAUUGUUCUUCCUUAGCAUGAUUUUACUUUCCUGGAUUGACAAUCUCAUAGCCUUCUUAAAAGGAAAAAAAAAAAAAACACCAAAAAAAACCAAAAACAAAACAAACAAACGUGUUUGCAUACUGAAAACAUUACUCAUCUACUACAUCUACUCAUCUACUACAGUAAUAAAUAAAUAAAAAAUAAUAUUGAUAAAUUUGACUACCAUGCUAUGGAGCAUUCUGAGAUGUGUUACUGGCAGUAUGUCUAGCAUGUUCUGUUUAGUAAAAUCAAUUUAGCACUAGUAUCUAGCAAUAUGUUGUUAAACCAGCUUAAGAAAUUAUUCCAGCACUUCCUUUUUUGUCAAUGAACAUGUGUCUAUAUAAUACCUAAUGAAAGUUGCUCUUAAAGAAAUGGAACAGUACCCUUAAACUUGUUAAUCAGUAAAGUGCUACUGUACUGAGCACUGUGAGUCAUUAGCGAGGCCAGAAGUCUGAAUUUAGAUUGCCUUUCAUAAGCAGGUAAAGUACUGAAGUAAGUCCUAUUCCUUACUUUGGUAUUGAGUCAUGUUUUCUGGCUUUUACAAAAUUUGUUUUUGUUACUACAGUCCUGGAAAUACUGUUCCAAAUCAUCCAGCAGAAAGCUGUCCCACCAGUUUCCUUCCUAGCCUCCUGAGAUUUUGAUGCACUUGGGGAACUGUCAGUCAUCCACUUGAUCUUCCUCUCCGUGGCAUUCUUCAAAUUCCUCUUUUUGGCCUUCUAACCUUCCUACAUAUGUAUAUGACUUCAGCAGCUUAAGAUAUGAGGAGCAUUGUCUCUGUAUCUGAAUAAAGUGCCACUUCGUACAAG